AUGGGAUGCUGCAACUCAAGGACCAAAAAAGCCCUCAAAAUAGGCUGUGGCUUCACGGUGAUUCUCUUACUUACUAUUCUUAUUGUUGCCAUUACCCUAUAUUUCACUAUCCUUAAGCCAAAAGAUCCAAAAGUCACAACUCAGUCCGUCACAUUAGAGUCCAUAAGAUUUGAGCCAUUUCCAGCAUUUCACCUCAACGUAACAAUUGGCCUGAUCCUCGCCAUCCAUAAUAGGAAUUAUGGAAGCUUUAAGUAUGACAGUAGCAUAGCUAACGUGACUUAUCGCGGUGAUCCAGCAGCAGAAGCACUAAUUAUAGCAGACACCAUUCCAGCUAGAGCGGAUCAUGAUUUGAACACAACAGUGCUAAUUGAUUUAGAUGGUUUCUCUAAGAAUCCUAAUUUCUUAGGAGAUCUAUUUUCUGGUUGCUUGAAUUUUACUUCGUCAACCAUUCUACACGGGAAGGUCACUGUGUGGAAAGUCAUGAAGCUCAAAGCCACAACAGUUAGCACCUGUGACAUCUCAGUUUUCACCAAAUUCCAGAAUGCAACUUCUGUAUGCAAAUCCAAAAUUAAGUUCUGA